GACCCGGCCUUUGUCACAAGGGUUGAAGUCCUCAUUUUACUUACUCCCACUUUGUAAACAAAAACAUCAAGAUCUAACAAAAAUGUCAAUGAAUUGCACUCAUUGAAGCAUAUAUUUGCCAAGUAGUAACACAGAAUAUUUAGGAAACAGUAGAAAUGGCUGGAAAGCUUGAGUUCUUAAAGCAUAACCAUUAAAAUGGGACAGAUGUGGGCCUCGUCCACCACGGCCGCGUCCACCGCCGCUGUGGAAAGUCUUGAAAAUGACAAUGCGAAGUCUACGGUGGAAAUAUUAAACGAGAAAUUUUCCUUGCAAGAUGGCAUCACCUUGUACACCAAUGGCCUGAGUCCUUGUGCGAGGAGAGUGAAGAUGACACUCAUAGAGAAGAAUGUGCCCUUCCGAGAAGUUGAGGUGGAUUUCAUCAAUGGCGAACAAGGAUGUGAAGCCUAUAGGAAGAUUAAUCCAAAUAUGAAAGUACCAGCUUUAAGUAUACAAAAUGUGGAGGGUGUACCUGAUGUGUGCCUUUAUGAAUCAAAUGUUAUAACAGAGUAUCUAGAUGCAGUAUUUCCUGGAACCAACUUGUAUCUGACAGAUAGGUGGGAGUUAGCUCAAUGUAGAGAAUGGCAGGAUUGGGAGCUUGCCCUCACAGAUGAUUUUGUUCCUGUUGCCUACACCAACAGUCUAAUGGCAGCCAUGAUGAAAUUGACCUAUUCGACGGAAGAGAGACUUGUCAAUUCUCUAAUGGAAAAGAACGCUUCAAAGAUAACAAUGUCAAGGAUGGUCAAGGGUUUCAGAGGUAUGGCAUGUGGUAGCCGGGAGGAGCUCAUCCAGCACAGUAUUGGCAUUCUGAAGAGCUUUCUGCAACUAGAAGAUGCCUUGGAGGGGAAGGAGUACCUGAUUGGGGGUCGUUUCACCAUAGCUGAUCUCUCUGUCUACCCAAGGGUUGCCAUGGCUCAUAUGCUUAAGAUCACCGUGAACCACUCAACCUUCCCGAACAUCAGCCGGUACUUGAGCAACCUCUCCUCCAGAAAGUGUUUCUAUGAUACCUCUCCGCCGUACUACAUGUCGGUUGUCAACUACUUCUCAAGUUGGGUGAUGACCCUGGCCAGUUGGAAGACGGGGAGAAAAAUGGAGCAAGUCAACUUGAGUGCUUAUUAUGAGAGGGCAAAGGAUGAAUAUAAGCAGAUGAAGUUCCCCGGUGUUAGGCCGUUGCCUACCUGUGUCAUACACCCUGAUGCUGUGGUCCUCUUUCACUACAGUACAGCAGCUCCCUGUUGGCAAGCCCAGCUACUACUUAAACUGAAGCAAAAAGACUUCCGCGUUAUUGACUGUGAUGUUGUGGAGACAAUCGGGCGGCCGUGUGGAACUGGUGGAAUCUACCGCACGCAGCACGGCGGGAAAACCGUGACUGGCUCACGUGUAAUGCUGGAAUAUCUUGAUGCAAUCACUGGACAAGAAAAUGCCCUGUAUCCCAGCGACCCGAAGGAAAAGGCUGCAUGCCUCUGCUGGCAAGCCUGGGAGCAGACCACGUAUGCUAACGAGGUCUUCCAAAUCUAUGAAAUUGAAGUGGUCUCUGCAGCUAUGCAAGUAAGAUUUCCUCCAAAAGAAACCGACAGCCUGCUCUCUCUAAGAUCUGAUGUGAACUUCUCUGAUAAAUUUGAUGCCAUCAUGAAGUCAUACCUCUCAAGGUUGAAGAAGACCCACCCGAGAUAUUCAGAACUGGUUGAAAACUACCAGCACCUGAAGCCAACCAUUCGUGACAAGCAGAAGCUGACACUCUUCACACUUGAACGCCUUCAUGAAAGGUUGUCUUAUCUGAAUGACCAACUCAAGGGUAGGAAGUUCCUCGUUGGAGAAUCUGUGACCAUCGCUGACUGCUCUAUCUUCGUUCUCAUUGUCUUACUCUCCUUCAUCAGUCUGAAGGUGUCCGACCGCAAGUACCCCGAUGUCACAAAGUGGAUGUACGUCUUGAGAAAGAUCGAGGAGUUUCGUGCCAUUGAAGAAGACAUGCGGCAUGAAAUACAACGCUAUAUCGAUGAGUGCGAACGAGGCGAUAGCGAUGAAGACUUUGAUUUGAUCUAAUCAGAUAAGGCAAAUCGUAUUGUGGUGACAACAAAUUUAUAGUUGUGAUGAAGAAGGAAAUCUUUCUCUCAUUCUUUGAACACUGCAUAAUCAAUCAUUCCAAUUCUAGUCUUAUCAUCGUGUUUUUCUAAUUGUUGUAUAGUGCAUUCUUUCAAGGACCACAAUUAAGUUCAGGAUGAGUAAUCAGACUUUUGAGAAGCCUUGUAGAUUUACAUUUAUCCUCAAAGAAUUCAAAUUGAUAAUACCAGAUAUACAUAAUGUAUUAUGCCAGUGUGUAGUACAGAUUUAUUUCUCUUCAGCUCAACCAAAAUUCAUGUCAACAUUUUAAACAUUACAGUUUACUGACUUUUCAUGUGCAAUGUUAUAUAUAUACUCCCUUCUUGUGCCAAGUUGUUUCAAAUUUUACUACAGAUCUUA